AUGAGCAGCAGAAUCUUCGGGCCCAAAACUGUAACGUUUGAACUCCCUGCCAGCGAGGCUUCAUGCAAAAAAUGCAUCGCAGAAGGUCUGAGAACCCAGGUGCUGCAAUACCAGAUCUCCUAUGUCAAGAAGCGCGACAGCUACGUCAUCAUCACGACGGGGGAUCCAGAGCAGCUCAAAGCGGGAAUCCUCAAGCACAUUGCUGAGGAAGAAGCCAACUGUCCAGAGCCGCAGUCUCAGCCAAAAGAAGCCAGGCGUCAAAAGCGAGCCAGACGCCAAAAGCCGCAGGCUCAGCCACGAACGAGACGGGAAAGCUCACCCCUGCCACCGCCCCCUCCCCCGCCGCCCCCUACCCCUCAGCCCUCUGCUGCUCCUAAGAAGUAG